AUGUGGAUGAAGGUGGUGAUGUUGCGAGGAAGGCUUUUGACAUCGUCUUUUAACAGCAGCGAAUCGAAGUCCGAAUCUGAGCAGCACAGCUCUCAAGGAAUCUUCGAUGAAGAAAAGGAAAAUAUCAUUAGGAGUCUUAUGCGUGUCACAGAGAUUGAAGCCAACCCAUAUCAGUUGGAGAAUAUUUUCAAGUCAUGGCUACACGAUUAUGGAACUGACUCUGAUCAUCUCCGCUUGACUGUGGGAAAUCUGUGCUUGCGAUGUGAUGUCAAAGAAUGCCUCUUAAACCCGGACUCGCUUCCGACCGCAUCUCAGUUCGUUCUUUUUCCGAAUUCGAACCUUCCACAGCCCACUGCCAGAGUGAAUCCGACGUCCAAGCAGAUAUGCGUCUCUAAAGUGCCAGUAUACACUCUGGAAACUGUCUGCGUGGUAAAGAGAGAUGGUUUAUGCGAGUCUUUGUUGUUUGGGCAAUCAUUUGUUGCAUUGGCAACACGUUGUUGGAAAAUUGACUGGGACGAGCUAGAGCGUAAUGAACAACACUUCGCAGCUAUUGUUCAGUAUCUUAAGAAACACAAUUUGAUACUAUUGGCAAGGAGACUGUCUUCACCGGCUACUACGACAGAAAAAUCAUUGCCCGUGGGAUAUUUUGCCUUUUUUCCUGCAAGAAAUUCGUUGCUUAUAAAAUCAGUGGCAAGUAAAGAACUCUUGAUGCCUUUUAGCGAAAUGCAAACAAAAGAAGUACCUGAAGACAUAGAACAGGAAAUUGGAGAAUGCCUCGGAAAUGUAGAAGAGAAAGAAAUCUUCAAUCCUUUGGCUGUUUCUUCAGGGCUGUAUAGCUUUUUAUCGGCCUCUAUCACUAAGAUGGACAGAUCCCGACCGUCGACAAAUUUUGUAGUCCCUAUCAUCAACAAAGAAAAUGUUCAAGCCAAUAAGAAGAAAAAAUGCUCCACUCCGCCCAUUGCUGAGGUGAAAGCGAAUAAACUUGGCAAAUCACCUUUCGAAACUGAUUUUCUUACUGCUUCUGUUCUGUUCAAGAAACGAUUUCCAAAUAAUCUGGAAUAA